AUGCCUCCAGCCAACACCAAUCUCGAUGUUAACGUACUUGUUUCUGUCAACAAACGUUUUAUCAACAGGGCAGACGUAAAAACUAUUUUGCAAGCAAAGCGUGACUGGAACUCACCUGGAUUGUGCUUUAAAGAGAAAACCGUUGGCCGUCCAACAGUCAAUGAAAAGGUCAAGUACCAUGUUAUUUUGGAUGAAGCACCUGGUAUCACAUUGUCCCUUUCCUGCGGUUGCCUCAAAUACAUUCGACGACUUGAGUCUAGCACUUCCAGCAGCGCCAGCACUCAAAGCAUCCCUGAUAUGGCAACAACCGAAAAUAUGCUAGAAGAUGCUAUCGAAGGGGACAACGAAGAGGAAGAAGAAAUUGAUUUGACUUCUGGCGGGUGGACCGAAGGUCAAGUAUUUGUCCACAGUUGUUUACGACAAUCUGGCUCAGACCUUUGCUCCAAGUCCACAUUAAGCAUAAACAAUGCAUCAGUUUCUUCCCCUUUGGACUAUUUCUUGUUUUUCUUGCCUUUAGAUCACCUUCAUUUGAUCAUAGGAAACACUAAUGUUCAUGCAAGAAAUACGCUUGAUUCUUGGACCAAUAUCACUUUUGCCGAGUACUUGAUGUGGAUUGCUCUGUUGACCGUUAUGACAGUGGUCAAGCAUGAUGACCGCAAAGCUUACUGGAAGCAAGGAUCUAGCCGCUUUACGAUGACAAUAGAUUUCAGCAAAUAUAUGCCAUUCAAAAGAUUCAACGAUAUCAUGAGAAUGCAUGUUUUUGAAGUUCCCAGCAAAGAAAACCAGCUAAUCGACCCACUUUAUCAAAUCCGAUCUACGAUUAGCGCUUUUAACUGCCAUAUGCCCAUGUGCAUCUCACCAGGGAAAUAUUUGGUGAUAGAUGAAUCAAUGAAUCAAUGGCUUGGUAUAGGGAUGCCAAAUUUAAAGAAGGCCCCUCGUAAGCCUCAUCCUAUCUGCCAAGAGUUUAAAACACUAGCUGAUUGCCAUACGAGUUGCAUCCUCAGAAUGGACACAGUCAGCGACCCAGUGUCCAAGGAGUUUGGCGACGAGCCUGGCAUGAAGAAAUUGACUGCGACCGUUAAGCGUUUGGUACAGCCCUGGUUUGGUAGUAGAAGAACAGUAAUUGCUGACUCUUGGUUUGGAUCUCCCGAUAUGGUCAUAAUGCUUUUCAACCUUGGCUUAUUCUCCAUCAUGCAAGUGUGUAAGCGCCAUUACUGGCCUCGUGGAAUGCCUCAGACUGAUAUUGUGGAAAAGGUGGAAGAAGCUUAUGGUAGCUGCUAUACCAUGAACAAAUGUCUGGUUAAUGGCGGUAGUCUAUUUACUUGUGCCUAUCGCGAUCAAAAAAUCAAAGCGUUUAUUUCAUCAUGUAGCACGACAAUCCCUACAGGUGAGAAGGUGUUCGAAGGACCUCGCGGUAGAAGAAUUACUAUUCAAAGGCCCGAGGUUGCAGAGGAAUACGAGACACACAAAAGUAAGUAG